AUGAUUUUUGCAAUGUUAUUUGGUUUUGCACUUUUUGGAACUAUUGUCUAUCAUACAAGAUCCAACUCAAACUCCUAUAGCAGAUAAUAAAUUGAAACGGACCAAUAUAUUAAUAAAAAGGAAAUCCUAUAACUAAUUUAAACUCAUUUAUCAGAUUCAAUAAGAUCAUUAGAGAAAUAAGAUAUAACAAUUAAUUAUGUAUUAUAUUAAUUAAAUCUAGUAAUAUAUAGACUAAUGGUUUUUAAAAGCCAAUUUGACUUAUAUAAAUUUGAUUAAUUUUAAAUAUGAUGUGGAAUAAAUAGACAUUUAAUUUGAAUAUAAUAACAAUUCUUUACUUUUGAUGCUACCUAUCUAAUAGUUUGAUUUAAUGGCUCAUUUUGAAUUAUGGAAUAUUUAUUCAAAUUCAACGCGAUAACUAUCUUUUCAAUUUAGAGUUUAGGAUACAUAUAUGAAGAUAAGAUUUAAGAUAAAUGGUGUCAAAAUUUAGUUUGUUGAUGAUUGGUUUCCAAAAUUUAAAUUUGGAUCAUUUAAAAUUGUAGUUGAUGAAGAAAUCCAAGAAUAUAAAAAAGCAAAAAAAAUUAUAGAUUGGCUUUUGUAUAAAUUCCAUUCAACAAUUGAAAAUAUUUUAGUUCAAAAGUUAAUGAAGUCUUUAGAUAUGGACUAGCUCAAUAUAGAAUUUUAGUCAAAUGAAAAUACAAAAAAAGUCAUUAAUUUAUAAUUACAUGAUUCAUAGACUCUAAAAAUGAGAGUUUAUAUGCAUCCGAAUGAAGUAUUUAGAUUAGGAGAUUUCAAAUAUUAAAAACAAAAUUGA